AUGAAGAGCAAACAUAGAGGCUCGUCUCUGCCUCUCCAACAGGCCGAGUUCGACGCCCUUCCCGAUUCGGUCCAGAGAAAGUACUUUUCCUCCCUCGAACGCCUGCAGAUCCAGCACCAGGCCUCGGACGACUCUACAUCGUCAGGCCGCUCCUCGCUGACCUCGCCCUCCAAACUCCACCGGCCCUCGCUGUCCCUGGCCACGGCUCGACGCAGGCGCAAGCUGGAAAAGGCUGUCCACGGCCACCACAUUCCCUAUCCCGACGUCGACUUCUUCUUCUCGCUGCCCGAAAAAGUCCGCAAACAGCUGUUUUCGCGCGACGAGCAGUUGCUGCUGCACGCCUGGCGCGACCACGCCCUCAUCCCCCCGCAAGACUCAGAGGCCCAGUGGGCGCAGCAGCGAUUCGACGACUUUCACUUUGGCUUUUCCGAAUCGCCCGCCUGCGACUUUGCUCGGCGCAGACGCUCACAUAGACCCCUAUCCUCCUCAUCGGCGGCAGACAGCCCUCUCUGUGGACCGAGCGGCCUCUUUGCGGCCGAAGAAAAGAAUCCGGACAAGUCCACGCCUCCUUUCCGUCUGCACAACAUGGCCUCUCCUCCUAUCUUCACCCGACAAGUCCCUGCUGACAUGAGACGAACAAUGUCUCUCACCACCCAUCCUAUUCGCCCUGCACCCUCGCCGGCACUAUCCGACGCUCCAUUUUUCGCCGCCAGAUAUCAUCAACGCUCACAUUCCACCUCCCUCUCGGGCCGCACUGCUGCUGCAUUCCACACGCCCUUUGCCCCCAUCUUCGACCCCGAGGCCACGCACUACCAGGACCCCGAGGCACGAAAGAAGCUGCGCAUGUACCUGGCCUCUCCCCAGAAGUUCGACGAAGCCAUCGAGUUUGGAUUUCCAUCGUCAGCCGGACACGACACGGCUACGCCGCACUACCAUUUGCCACAGAUCGACACGCAUGCCUGCAAAUUUAGCCGAGACAUGCAUACCUUUCUCAAGCACGGCCAACUAUCCUUCUUGGAGGACGGCAUUCACGACAAUCAGGGCCUGGAGUCCGAUGCCGACUCUCUUGCCGACAUGGAUUCCCCAGCUACACCCUCCAGCACCGGUCUAUCGUUUCGUCUACACUCUCGCCAGGCUUCGUAUCGUCACUUUUCCCUCGACUCGCCUGCCCCCUCCCCUGCCCUCUCGGCAAACGGGCAACUGAACCGAGAAAUGACUUUACGGAUGACCCUGACCCGGCCCGAUCUUCGCGCUGACGAGGACCAGCUAUACGGUUGGCAAAACGCCACAUCCAAUCCCAAAGGCUGCAAAGACGAUCCUUUAGCCCUAGAAGAUCUAGUCUUUACCGACGACAUGACAGGCACCAAAGGUGCUUUCUACAUCAAGCCUAAACAACGCGGAAACCUGGUGAGCCGAUUAUUGAAGCGCGCCAGUCUCAAAUCUCGCUGAGAGAGUGUGUGAGAGAGAGAAAGCCCUUGUCUUCACUACCAACCGGCCCUUGUGGCCCCGAUUUAAUCUACUUUGCCAUGUUUUAUUAUCCCUUUUUAAUAGACCGAACAGGUCUGCCGCGUUUCAGCGGGCGUUUUUGAUUUAGUUCGACAAGACCUAUUGGUUUCUGGGUACCAGAUUGUACGAUUAUUACGAUGCACGAAACGACUCAGACGCAUGAAUGAGGCGUUUUUUUUCUUCUACGCCUAACGCAGGUACCCUGUCGACUUGGCUAGCGAGGCUUGUCAAAAACGAUAUCCGUCCGACGCGUCCAUAUCGGGAUGGUUGGCCCCAAGAAGAUCAGAUUGCGCCUGGUCUCUAAACGGCCAUUGUCACACGUUACCUGUUUAUUUUGUCCAUGGAAGCGCCUCUAUUGGCAAUAAAGUUUACCCGCCACUACAACAGAAAUGUUC